AUGUCUUUCGCUAAGGCUGUCCUCCGCACCUCGCGCGCCCUGCGCACCUCCUCAUCCAACCCGGUCCAAUGCGCCUUGAGCACCAGGGGCCAGUCGCAGUUCCUGGCCUCUGCACGAGGAUAUGCCACUGCUUUCGAGAGAAACAAGCCCCACGUCAACAUCGGUACCAUUGGCCACGUUGAUCACGGAAAGACCACGCUCACAGCUGCCAUCACCAAGCGACAAGCAGAGAAGGGCUAUGCCAACUUCCUCGAGUAUGGCGCUAUCGACAAGGCCCCCGAAGAGCGAAAGCGUGGUAUCACUAUCUCGACUGCCCACAUCGAAUACCAAACCGACAACCGCCACUACGCCCACGUCGACUGUCCCGGUCACGCCGAUUACAUCAAGAACAUGAUUACUGGUGCUGCUUCCAUGGACGGUGCCAUCAUUGUCGUUGCUGCUAGCGAUGGUCAGAUGCCUCAGACAAGAGAACACUUGCUGCUUGCCAGACAAGUCGGUGUCAAGAGAAUCGUAGUUUUCGUCAACAAGGUCGAUGCGAUUGAGGACAAGGAGAUGUUGGAGCUCGUCGAGAUGGAGAUGAGGGAGUUGCUUUCUUCAUACGGAUUUGAGGGUGAUGAGACUCCCAUCGUCAUGGGUUCUGCCCUUUGCGCACUUGAGAACCGUGAGGCAGAGAUCGGUGUGAACAAGAUUGACGAGCUGCUCAACUCGGUCGACGAGUGGAUCCCAACUCCAGAGCGUGACAUCGCCAAGCCUUUCCUCAUGUCUGUCGAGGACGUCUUCUCAAUCCCUGGUCGUGGAACUGUGGCCUCUGGCCGUGUCGAGCGUGGUGUGCUGAAGAAGGACUCUGAAGUCGAGCUUGUCGGCAAGAACGCAACUCCAAUCAAGACCAAGGUGACCGACAUCGAGACCUUCAAGAAGUCUUGCGACGAAUCCCGCGCUGGUGAUAACUCUGGCCUUCUGCUCCGUGGUGUCAAGCGUGACGAUGUCCUUCGUGGUAUGGUCAUUACUGCACCAGGUACCGCCAAGGCCCACAAGAAGUUCCUCGCCUCCAUGUACGUCCUUACCAAGGAAGAAGGUGGCCGUCACACUGGAUUUGCCAACAACUACAAGCCUCAAGUGUUCAUCCGAACUGCCGAUGAGUCUGCCAAGUUGACCUGGCCAGAGGGCAGCGAGGGCGAGAAGGAGGGCAAGUUGGUCAUGCCAGGUGACAAUGUCGAGAUGGUCUGCGAAAUCCACAAGCCUCUUGCUGUUGAGCAGGGGCAGCGCUUCAACGUUCGUGAGGGUGGCCGAACCGUUGCUACUGGACUGAUCAGCAGACUUAUCGAGUAA